UGUUUGUGUGUGUCCUGUGAUGGACAGGUGUCCUGUCCAGCGUGUACCCUGCCCUGCACACUCUGCUGGUGGGGUAGGCUCUGGGCUGCCAUGACCUUGAAUUGAAUAAGCAGUUAUUGAAAGUGCUGGGAAUUUACCUCCAUACUUACGCUCACCUGACUAAACACAACAAAUACUAUACAGUAUGCACAAUAAUAUCCAGAGAACAAAGAUUAAAUGAGAUACUUUUGCCUCAUAUUAUUUGAUCUUUAAAUGCAGCUUCCAUGAAUACACAGCCAAAAAGAAUCACUUGGUCUUUUCUCUGUGGAUGUUCAGCAGUGUUGGGCUCAGGCUGCAGCCCGGUCUCGCCCCACGACCCCGAGUCAAGAAUUCUCUUCCGUUGUUUCUCAUUUUCACCGCGCACCUGCUCCCCGAGUACACUGAUUGAAUUGCGUCCUAAAAGUUUAGCCCCUACACCACUCUGAAGAAGUCUGUAAAGCAGUCGUUCGUGGCGAGCUGAAUCGCAUUCUGUGUAAAAAUCGACACAGCAGGCGAGUCGUGUUCCCUCGCUCUCCCGGGGGACCUGUUUCGAGGUGUCGCAGGGUGUGAACGCGAGCCGACGUGCUUGAGGUCGGUAGGAAGCCGGUCUGCCCGUUACUGGGGACACAGCUCCGUACGGAAGGCCGGUCCGUGUCUUCCCCUGUCCCGAUAUAAACCGCGGAGGACACCUCUACCUUCAGGGCGGCUCGCCGACGCGUGGCGCGCUCUCUCUCUGAUGAGCACGAACCUGUUAAUUAUUUAGCGCGAGUCUGCACGCGCGGACACUGACCGCUGCAGCGCCGCUGCCUGACCGAUCGGCCGGAGAGCCAAGGCUGCCCUGGUCCGUGCUGUCGGUGGGGUUUUUUUGCGAGAAUUGCUCUGAGCCGGUUACGCAGUCUCUCCAAGCCGGAAAGGAAUCGCACCCGGGUUCAGAAGAGCCCCGGCUCUUGACCGUAUCGCAGGAGGGCCGAAGUGGCUCAGCCCGCAGGCACGAAGGAGUUAACGAGGCCGUGAAUCUACUCCAGCUGGUAUUUUUAGCACAGUGGCGGUUCAUGUCCUAUAUACUGUACUAGACAGUGGAGCAUCACCGACUGUGACGUCGGGCAAGUCCGGUGCUAACGAACAGAAAUGUGUUUAUUUUUUAAAAAAACUGAUUAAAAAGCUUUUUUUCAUAAUAAAAAUUCAACAAAAAAGACAAAACAACACCGGCAGUAGAGACGGUUGUUUUCGUCAGUAAGACGGGAGGAAUUUUCAAAACCUUUCAUGAAAAUGUCAGUCUUUCAAACGCACAUUAGAGUCCUUCGUCAAAGACGGCGGAGGGAGACGCGGACGUGGAGACUUUCUAAUAAACCCUGACAAUGUCACAGUCCGGACCCCCACACGCUGUUGUGUUUGAGUAUUCUGGUGGAACCUGUGUGACAGAUGCCUGAUGCUACUUGUCUUUUCCUACGUGCUUAUUCUGUGUCACUGUUCACCUAGACUAGCACUGAGUGUACAAUAGCCGUAUACAAGGUGUACAAUGUAGCCGAAUAAACGGUUAGGUAUUUUAUCUCAUUUUAUUCAUUUUCCUUUUCACGGCCGGCCGGGGGAGAAUGGACACUCGCACCUCGGCAGAUGUCACCUUCCACCGCCCGCGUCCUCCCCCCGUCCACAGGCUGCGAGCACACCGGGGUCUAGGGGCGCAGAAACUCUCUUUGUGGCGACCAGCGCGGCGCGCACGCUCUUCCAAGGAAUGAGCAGCGAUGGCCGGCUCCGCCAGCGAGGAGAAAACCUUCCGCAGGUUCCUGGAGCUGUUCCUCCGCGAGAUGAGGGGAGCGCUGGGGGACGAGGAGCCGCUGCCCCUGCGCCCUUUGCCGGACCUGGUCUCGGAGGACGAGGUGGAAGGCGAGUGCCUGGACCUGAGUCUCCAGCACCUCUGCAAAUAUAACUGCCCCUUCUCCCUGGCGGCGGGCCUGGCGCGGGCCACAGCCGACGAGAUCCUGCAGAGCGACCUGUCCGUGCACUACGUCAACAAGCCAGCGGACGCCGCCGACCCCUACCCCCAGCUGGAGUCCGUGAAGCUGGCUCGCCUGGUCUUCAACAAGCUGCACGAGAUGUGCUGCCUGUGGCUGAAGGACAUGCCUCGCCGCCGGCGCCCCCAGCGCUUCUACGAGACCUCCAUCCACGCCAUCAAGAACAUGCGCCGCAAGAUGGAGGACAAGCACAUCGUCAUCCCCGACUUCAACAUGCUCUUCAACCUGCAGGACCAGGAGGAGCAGGCGUAUUUCGCGGUGUUCGAUGGGCACGGUGGGGUGGACGCCGCCAUCUACGCCUCCAACCACCUCCACGUCAACCUGGUGCGGCAGGAGAUGUUCAGCCAGGACCCCAGCGAGGCGCUGUGCCGCGCGUUCAAGCUCACGGACGAGCGCUUCGUGCAGAAGGCGAGCCGCGAGAACCUGCGCUGUGGCACGACGGGGGUGGUGACCUUCCUGCGGGGCAGGACACUGCACGUGGCCUGGCUGGGAGACUCGCAGGUCAUGCUGGUGCGCAGAGGGCAGCCCGUGGAGCUGAUGAAACCCCACAAGCCCGACCGCGAGGACGAGAAGCAGCGGAUCGAGGCGCUGGGGGGCUGUGUGAUCUGGUUCGGGGCCUGGAGGGUGAACGGCAGCCUGUCGGUGUCCAGGGCCAUCGGUGACUCGGAGCACAAGCCCUACAUCUGCGGCGACGCUGACCACAGCUCCUUGCCGCUGGACGGCUCGGAGGACUACCUGAUCCUGGCCUGCGACGGCUUCUACGACACGGUGAGCCCGGAUGAGGCGGUGCGGGUCGUGUCGGACCACCUGCAGGAGAACAACGGCGACAGCAGCAUGGUGGCCCACAAGCUGGUGGCCUCGGCCCGGGACGCCGGCUCCAGCGACAACAUCACCGUCAUCGUGGUGUUCCUGCGCGACCCCCGCGCCCCGCCGCCCCCCGAGGGCCUGGAGGAGGAGGAGGAGGAGGAGGAGGAGGAGGAGGAAGGCCUGCAGCAGGGCGAGCUGGCGGGCCAGGACGGCGGGACCGAGGGCGGGGGGGGCAAGGGCCGGGGGAGCUGGCCCCUGCAGCAGUGCUCGGCCCCAGCGGACCUUGGGUACGAGGACCGGAUGGACUCCUUCACUGACAGAACUAGCCUGAGCCUCGGGCCCGAGCUGGCGCUGGGCGGAGGGUGGCUCCGUCUCCCGGCCCCGGAUCGCCCUGCUGUCAGAACCCUGGCCCCGCUGGCAGCUGCGUGGCGCCCCCCCGGAGAAGAGGGUCCCUGCGCCUACAGACACGCCCCCUGGGGGCCCCCGCCCAGCGUUCCCUCCUGUCAGAGCCCCGGCCCGCUGGGACACUGGCUCGAAGCAGCUGCGCUCUUCUCCCGGGAUCGGAGACCCCCCAGGCACCUGGAAUCCGCCCUCCCAAGAGUGGGGGGCCGGCGGGGCCACAGGGGUGCCAGGGAGCCCUGCCUGCCCCGCUCCCUGCGAGGGGGGGCCCCCUAUCCGCGGCGCUGUCCUGAGCGCAGACCAGGGGUGGCCCUCCCACGCGUGCCCCAAGGCUGCAGCGUCUGAGAGAGGCGUCCCUGUGUCCCCCUGCUCUGCCCCCCCUCCCCGGCAUAGACGAAGCAUCUCACCUCCCUCAGGCCCUGCGCCUGGGACACUGUGGUCACGCCAAGGCCAAGCAGCACACGCCACCGUCUGCGCCACUCCCAAUCCCCCUUCCCCAUCACGGUGUCCAGCUGGCCCGAUUCUGGCCCCCCCAGCACACUUUGACACAGAGGAUCGCAUAGAUCCACAUAGAGCCCAAAAAAUCUAGACGCGCAUUAGGACUCGGAUCAGAAACCAGGUUUCAGUGAAAGAAAGGACUAUGUUUGCCGUUCUGCUAUGACACACUAGAAUGCCACAGAAUGAAGGAAAGAAUGGUGCCCAACUCAACACCUUUGAAAUCAAUCCUGCUGUGUCUUCUAACCCCAUGCAAGACACUCGUUAAACUCCUGGACAUAGAUGAGGAGAAGCCAUCCCCAACCAGAACUAUGCAUUAGAAGUGUCCAGAUAGCCAUGCCAUUGUGUUUUGUCACAGCCAAUGCAGUAGAAACCAAGCAGGAGUUAAGCAAAUGUGUGCCUUUAUAUCUCCCCAGAGGAGACUGAAGACUGUGUAUUUGUGACAGGGGCUCCUGAAUGGCUUCGCCAGAAAAACACUCACCUUGAGGUCUAAGAUCCAGAUGUUGCAGGUUCGAACCCACAGAUACUGCGAUUCCUCAAGCAACGGCUCACAGAUGGCCGAGUGGUGCAGGGAUCAGGUCAGGAUAUGUCAACCAGGGUCUCUCGGGUCAAGUGGAGACAGGCUCAUGGUGAUGUCAGUAUGGGCCGUAUCUGUCCUCCAAUCAGCACUGUGGAGCUUGUCAUGUCACAGGGCAAAGGUCACAGUGAGGGGGCAGAGCCUGUCGACACUUCCUCUUUCUCGUCAUGGGGGCAGAGGGGUACCUGGACAGCCUAAUUGGUUAAGAACAGAAAGGGGGUGAGUGAGCUGGGGGAUAAACCUCUCAUUAUGCCAGAGUGAUAGGGUGGAUAGAAAUUCCUGAGUGGAUCAGGGAGUCUCCGAGCUCACUGGAGGUGCUCUACCGAUUCCAGUUAUCCAGCUGCUUCUGUGGUAUUAGCAUAGAUGUAAAACUACAAGACAUACCAGACCGCUUAAGUAGUAAAAGCAUUUUUUCUUUUCGCGUUUCGAAUAGAGCAGGAGGCAUCUUUCAGGCUUCAUCGUACUCGCCCAUGAUGCGAUACAGCAGCCCCUUCGUUCUAGCGCGAUGUUUAAAUUGUCUUCAGCGCAGCUUUAAUCCGCAAUCUGUUCACGAUACCCACUUUCACGAGGAGCAACAGCUCCUGCCAGUUCAAUGCAGUGAAAGAGGGUUAUUGAGUGUUUAGUCAGUGGGCCAGAAGACCCCCGUACCUGAGGAGGCGAAUGUGAGGGAGAACAGGCUGUCGUGGGGCAUUUCUACUUUCUUUUUAUCGCGGAAAGGUUGUCUGGAAAGAUUAAGAGCAGCUGAGGUGAAAGUGAAGUUGUCUGCUGCCAUCGCUGCUGAACGUGUGCUGCAAACUCCAUCGUCUGCCACCACAGUAAAAGAAAACGUUUAUAAAUGAAUAGGGCAGCAGGCAGAGCAUCUCGCUGACCCUUUGGUAAUGAAUGAACAUGCAGCACUAUCUAGCUCCCUGCUCCCAUGCUUUACUGGUUGUGGAGGAAGCAGACUGGGUUUUGACGUGUUUGAGGCUCAGCUCCCUGGAAGAUUUACAGCAGGCGGAGGCGCAGAGCAGCUCCAACAGAGGAGCAGGAAUGGGCUCGCCCUGCGCACAGACAGCCCAGACAGGCUCAUCUGAACACAACCUUCCCGAUACAGGGCCUAUCCCCUCCCCAGCUGCACAGGCCUCUCUCUUCCCGGAGAGAGGGCUUCUGCGGCCCGGGAGAUGGAAUGGGGAAUCACCCUGCACCGUGGCGCUGGUCCCCUCGGCCGUCUUCCUCAGCGCCCAGCCUCUCAGUCCCCGCAGGUCCGUAUAUCAUUCCAGACAUGCCACUGGUAAAAAGCAUAGUUUUCCUCAAAAGUAAAGCAAAACCUGGGGAUUGGUUGACAUUUCCCAGACAAAGCCAUUCCAGCAGCAGUUUCAGAAAUGAAGCUGUGCAGUGAGGGCGAAGCUUGUUAAGCACUGGAGUGAAUCGUCUGGUUUUUGGGGGCCGAGCUCUGCGCGGAUGCCCCCAGCUGUGAGCCAGGUUUUCUUCACUGCACUGGAUGUGCUAGAUCUCCGCUGCCUCUCCUCGCGUCUGUGGUCCAACUGCAGCUCUGGCCUGGCGGUCUCUCGGCGCGUCGGCGAGUGUGUGUGGUGCUGGGUCCUUCUCUGCGUGGACAUCCCGGGGGGGGGGGGGCCCAGGGAGGGGCUCCACAGACUGCAAAGGCUCAAGGUCAUUCCCCAACCCCCCCUCCCGGUCACUGUGGAGACGGUCCUUCUCCCUCCCUCAAGACUUCAACGCUCGUCUCACCGCCUCCCUCCAGCCCUCCUGACCUAAUCCGUGCAGGAAUUCUUGAAAUAUAUUUGUGUGUGGGUGUGGGUGUGUGGGCGUGUGUGCGUGUCUGUGUCUACUAUUUAAACCAACACUGUAAACUAGCAAGAUCUCACUCUCCAUCGUCCGUGUACUGCAGUCCUAACCUUGUGUCUCCGCGGCAGGAGAGUGGUGGGCCUGUUGCGCCGAACGGGAGCACAGGAAACGCAUGAUGGAGGCCUUCCUGCCUGGCCUGGGGAGAGUCAAGAGAGCACGUGGAAAGAGCACAAUAGCGGAGUUCACAUUGAUCAAGGCAGUCUUUAAUUAUGGUCCGCACAUCCAAAGUGCUCAUUGACUGCCUCAUGUGAGCUGAUCGCGCUUUGCUGGCUGUAGCCUUGAGGCCCUGCGAGGGCAGUAGUGUCCAAAGAGCCCUGGUCUUUCUGGGGUGGCAGCUUGGUCUUGCUCUUUCAAUCGAGAGCCUCUUCCCAGUGCUGUCCGAACCCGAGCUCGUCCGUGUGCGCUCAGGCCCAGCGCUCGGCUUGGGCUGGGGGAGAGACUGGGGCCGGGAGCCCCCCGCCCUGCCGCGGGCAAGAAGGAGCAUUGCUCUCCAGGUUCGUCCCGCAGUCUCUGCCCUCUUCUCCACUGCUUGCUCCUGUAAGCAAUAACUCAUCGUUCUGGGCCGCCAGCAGGGAGAGGAAGUCAGCUCCAGGGUCUAGUCUGUGACAACAGGCUGCCCCUCCCAAAAAGACAGAAACAUUUUCCCCUCGUCUUGAUCCUGCCCUUCAGACCCUCGGUUCUGCAUUUCCUCAGAUAUCCGAAGUCUGCAGGAAACACGCUGGUGACUGAACACAGGCACAGUAACACAGAAUAAACCUACCGAAAACAAACUGAAACUGAAAAAGAGACUGGCCUGAAAUAAACAUUGGACCAUCACCUGCCCCUCUCUCACAGCUGAUGCAAAAUUAUUUUCAGGAUUCCUGCUCAAAUGGCACAAUCCCACAAUCCUCUGCAGCUGCCCCCCUCCGCGCUGAGACGGAGACCUCCCACUCAUGAGUCACACGCUGUCGUGUGCAGAUACAGAUGCCCAAAACGUGACAAACUGGCUGUCAACUUUCAUUCAAAGGGAAAGGAAAGUUUUAUCUCUUGCUUUCCACCAGCACUCUCAGCACUGUCCACAGUGCUUAAUAUACGACAGACCCUGUCUGGCUCCUCUCCUGCUGCAGGCUAGAUUAACAGUAAUCGUUCUGUAUCCUCAGUGUUCUGAUGGCUAUAUUUCUGGUGACUAGUAUAUUGUGUAUAAAAAUAAGAUCAAGUAUAUGUCUGAUGUCAUUUUAUUCCCAUGUUGUGACCUGGGGUUUGGUCUGUGACUGUGUUCCUGUCUGUUUUCUGAAGAGUCCUCUCUCCGCGCUCAGAGCCGAGCGUACCUGCCUUCCUGCGCCGCUGACAGCACGGGGCCCCUGCUGCUCUGCCUUGAAUCAGCAACGUCUCUGACCCUGACCUGUCCAGCACUGCAAUAAUUAAACUAACCAAGGCGUUUCUUAACCAAGCUUACCAAACCUCCUGCUGUGGUGUGUGAGCUGUCCCUGCUCCAUGGGAAAGCUGGAAAGCAGAACUCCUGACUGGGGGUAUGGAAUUAGGUGUCAGAGCACUAGCCUCCAUCUGCAGCUGGAUGCGUAAGCAAAGUGCUUGAUCUUAUUAUAUUGCAGCUUAGGGUAACGUGCAACGGACUACAAGCCCAACUGCACUCUCGGUUUGCUUGAAUCAACAGAAUCUGGGAUAGAUCAGGAGACAGGGCUGGAAUUCACUUUGUGCAAAGCCUGCAGGGGAGCAGCUGUUCUCAACUGCAGCUGGAGUUUAAACUGAGAUGUGCAGGCUAUCUAAAAUGAUGGCAUCUCUUCUAUUUGAGAGCGAGCAUCGAGUUGCAUGAAAUGAGCAACAAUUUUAAAAAAAGGUAUUUGGCUGCAGUCUUGUCUAACAGUGUGGACUGUUGAAAUGCUGUUCCCUCGCUUGGCAGAGUUAACAAAUCACUUCAUUCGAAGCAGGGGUGUAGCGCACUGUACACAGUUUUAAGAAACGUACAGAACUGGUAUUCUUACUAGUGGGCACACAUUUCGAGAGCACUCAGAAUCAUCGGUGACAAGCCUCUGAAGUUGCUGCAAGAAACAUUUGGCAUUUGUGCAAGAGGUUGUUGGCAGGCCAGGAAUUAGUUUGGUCAGUGUGGUUCAGCAGAUACCUCGGCCGCAUUCGUGGGUGUGGGCAGGGGGCAGAGGUCAGGGGUCAGCCACACAGAUCAGGCUGCUUCACCAACAAGACAGUCCCAAAAUCCCAAUAUUUAGAUAUUUUACUCAGAGAAGACUUGGAUGGGGGGGGGGGGGAGGUUCUGGGCAGGAAGUAUUCAUUCAAUCAAAUUACAAUUACACAUGCAUGGCAAAUAAUGGAUUCUGUUUGAGCAGCUAACAGAGCAAGUAGAGUAUUUUACCAGCUCCUGCAGGAAACCUGCUCGGCACUGGCAGCCCUCCAGUCCAGCCCCGUUCCUGACUGGACACGGGGAUCAAACACAGCGGCCGUCUUGCACGCAGUCACAGUACAAGCCAGGCUGCUGGCGGACAGCUGGGCCUGUGGAACGGAUUGGGGCACAGAAAUUUGUACACAGCCAAAAAAAUUGGAAUAACAUUGCCUGCCAUUUAUCACUUAUCCAUGAAUAAAAGCUGAGAAAUGCCAGUAAUCAGUUCUGACUGAACAGUGCUUUAUAGCCGUUUCCAUGGAGAUUUAUUUCACAAAAAGAACAAAUCGCAGGCUGACAAGAGCUCUAAAUUAAGCUUGGGCAGUGGCAGUACAAGGUCAUAACAUACGUGUUCAAACAGUGACGAUCGCCGUGUCUGCUGGACUCUCGCCAAGACCAGUCAGUCCAGAGAUCCCUGGUUCGAACCCGGGCUGCGGGAAGAGUUCGAAGCUGACAACUGGGCAGCAGUGGCCCCUGCGCCUGGACAGAUUCCCAGAGGAGUAGAAUAUUGCAGGUCAUAAAAGAAGAAAGCUUGUCUGCUGAAUGUUUCAUGUGCCACCUCCCGCCUGCCAAAGAAUCUGAGGGGGUUUGGUACCAGUAUAACUGACCAAGGUGGACAAAGAGGAUCAAAUGAGAUCAAUGGGCCGGAGCCUCCUCUCACUUUCAGCAUUCCUGAUGCUGUGAUCCCUGAGCACACAUCCAUAAAAAGACCACCCCCCCCAACUUAAGGUGAGGCUGCUCUAGGAAGGUUUGUGUAGGAGUUAAAGAACAGGGAGGUGCGUGCCAAAUCAUACCCACUCACGGCCUUUAGAGUGGCGACAGGAGCAGGUGUCUGGGUUGUCCUGCUAGGACAGUCACGCCUAUAUCACCGCUGGGCCUGCACGGUGGACACGCGGCCACAUUCCAGUAGCUUGCGCGCCUUUUAUUUGACAUCGCCUUCCUUGCGCCAGUAGGCAGGGCGCAAGGACCAACACCUGGCAGAGUCAGAGUCACAUGAGGCAUAUUUCAAAGACAGACGAAGGGAACUUGCAAAAAAAAAUUAAAUGCGUUAAAAAAUCCCCAUUGGAUUAGAGCAUUAAUCUGCUCAUCAGGAAAUGAGAUUUGGUAGCCGACGUGCUCUACAUCCCGACCCAGCAGAAAGGCACUCCCCGGCUGUCUUUAGGAGAUGGGAAGACUGCGGAGCCCAUCCCAUGCUUUCCGCAGACUGUCCUGGUGCAGCCUGCUGAAGCACCUCGUGCAGUUCAGGAACCCCCAGCUCUGUCUCUUUCUCCCACUCUUUAAUGGUCUGUAUGUCUUUUGAGUCUGGAGAUGUUAAGAAAUAUUUGCCUGUUCUGGUGUGAAAGAAAUGAAUAAAUUGUCCUCCAGACCCCCUC